AUAUGGGAGCAGGAAGGAAGUGAAAAAAGAGGAUUAGUAACAUUGUGAAGCGUAAUAUAUUUAUUUUAGGAGGUGGUCCCCUGGGGUAUUUCUGAAAUCAAAACUUCAGUGUAGUACACACUACCAACUGUUGUUGCUAUAAUACAGAUUUUAUUUCAGGCAUGACUGCUCCAGUCUCCAGGGACUUAGGUCGAGCUCUGUGUAUCAUUACCGGCGCUUCAAAAGGUUUUGGUCGGACUCUUGCUAUACAAGUAUACAGUUUGCUCAAACCAAAUUCCGUACUUCUCUUGGUAGCCCGAUCCAGGGAUAAGCUGAAUGAGCUUCGGGCAGAUCUUGCGAGCUCGGAAACAGAUCGGGCUGGGCUGGCCAUACGUUGUGUGGUAGCUGAUUUAAGAGAGAAAGAAGGGAUUGAGGAAACGGUGAGGGCAGCCAGAGAGACGCCUUCUGCAGAUAUAGAGCAUCUAUUACUGAUCAACAAUGCGGCUUCUCUGGGUGAUGUGUCCCGGCUGGCCACUAGCUUCACAGACCCUAGGGAAGUGGACUCCUACUUCUCUUUAAAUGUGAGCUCUGCCCUCAGCCUGACUGCGGGGCUGCUGGGGGCUUUCCCACAGCGGCCCGGGCUGCGGCGCUGCGUGGUCAAUGUCAGCUCGCUGUGUGCCCUGCAGCCUUUCCCCUCCUGGGUCCUGUACUGCACUGGCAAGGCAGCCCGCAACAUGAUGUUCCAGGUGCUAGCCAAGGAAGAGCCGGACCUUCGUGUGCUCAGCUACGCCCCAGGUCCUCUCGACACAGAGAUGCAGGUACAGGCUCGAUCCACUACACGAGACCCAGAGCUGAGGAAGACGCUGAGUGCCCUGCAUGCUGAAGGCAAGCUGCUGACCUGCGGAGAGUCUGUGGCCAAGCUGGUGAAGCUGCUGCUGGAGGAUGGGUACCAGUCUGGUGCCCACAUUGAUUUUUAUGACCUGUAGGACGAUAGAAGGGCACAGCGUACAGACUGAGGGGACGGCCUACAUGACCCUCACAUGUCCUUUCAGCGUUUUCUCGUUAACAUGGUUAUUUUCUUUGAAAGGUAUUGGAUACAGUCGUUUAUUGACCAGGUAAUAGUUACUACCGAGUUUUUUCUGUGUCACAGUUUACACUCUUUCGUGACCAAAUUGGUUUAAGCAACAGAUUUUUUUGUGAUUUCAAUUGUUACUUACAACUUGUUACUUACAACUUGUUACUUACAACUUGUUACUUACAACUUGUUACUUACAGGAUGCCAUCUACCAGAUAGAUAAUAAACAUCCUAUUAAGGUCAUAAUUCCAAUAACAGGGUAUCAUUUUAGUACAGAAAUAUGUUACUAGCUGAUAUGUGAAACAAUUAAAAAAAUGAAUGGGUAGCUGUAAACCCUGCAUAAAACAAUACAAUGAUACUUUAAAAGGCUUGUUUUUAUUUAAAUUUAUGAAACAUGCAAUGUAGCUAAAGUGCAUACAGAACUAUGUAACAUGUUAUCUAUUACGACUGUGACUCGCCACAGCAGAACGACAUAAUGCUUUACAGAAAUACAAGCGCUCUGAACAUUUCACGCCUUAAACUUGCACAAUGGAGUCUCAUGAUGAUGGGGUCACAUCAACCUAUGUAGUUAACUUUGUUUCUUUUCCAAAUGCUGAUUGAAACAGGAAAUUGCACCAGCUAUCUGUUAUCGAUGCUUUUGCGAUUUAUGCUGUCUUUUUAAACCUGAUGUCUUGCACAAAAAACUCCUUAUAGUUUAUGUAUGUACAUGGGAUAAUUGCUGACUUGGCAGACGUGAUGAAGGGCAGGAGUGGGUGCUGCAGAAAGUUCAUUGAAGAUAAUAUAAGAAUUUGGGGGGGGACUAAAGCUGCAUAAUGGUUGCAGACAUACGCUGUGAACUCAAAAGGACCCUAGAGGACUUUUUGAGUCACAAGUGUUCAAAUCAAGACCCGAAAUAUGUGGACUUUAGAUGGUACUCAAGACCCACAACUCUAACUACAAUACAGACAGCAUUCCUCCAGAACUUCCUGUCUUCUGUCCAGUCUUCCCAUAUUGAUUGUUGUGAUGAUUGAAUCCAUCUAUCUUGUUACUCUUUGUGCUUAAUGUGAAAGUUCAGGCUUGAUUUUAUCAAAAUGCAACGUUUUUUUCCUGCAUUUUUUCCACAAUGCUGUCUUUGCAGUGGGCUCAGUGUUGCUAGUCUUGGAACGUUAGACUGCAUGCUCCCGAAUGCUCUGUCUCAUGUCACUGUUUAAGUUUUCGUUUUAUAAUCUGUUUGUUUGGUUUUUGUCUUUUAGUACAGUGUCCUGGUUUUUGUUUCCCCACCAUCUGCAAAGUUGUCCAGCACGUUUCUUUCCAGAACCUUCUGUCCAGCCCUUAAGUCACAGUGCUCUCCUGUGGUGUCCUGAAAUAAAAAUGUGUCCAAAUAUGUCAAAUAAGACCAAAUAUCUGAUGUGGUGUGCUUAUGGUUUACGGUACUGUCUCAAGUCUGGGACUUCAUAGUUUUGUUAAAGACAACAUGGGUGUAGAAUCCAUGUGUACAGGGCUGGGCAAUAUGGCAAAAUAUUUUAUCACAAUUUUAAAAAUAUCGGUUGAUAUUGAUAAUUAUCACAAUAUAAUUCAUCACAUAAUUUAUAGGUUUUUUUUUCUUAAAAUUCACCUAGGAUUCCCCUUAAACAGAUUCAGAACAUGAAAAAGAUGACAAAUUGAAUGGACUGCAAACUUUCACAGUAUGUCCAGUUUACACAAGUUUUCAGUAGAGUUUACAGUACACCAGCCUUUAAAUUGCCAAAUUACACCACCAAUGUCUUUCUACCUCGGUUAUUCUCAGUUUUGCCUUUUUGACAGAUGUGAUUGCUGAGGUGUCACUUUCUUUAAGGACUCUCAUACAGAACUUUCCUCUGAGGAAGUGCUUUUCCAUGACUCACUUAUACUAGUAUUACCAGAACAGUGCUGUGCCAACUCAAAACAGCCUUUCUGUGUGUUUAGAGGUCGUUUGUUCUUGAAACACAAAACCAAAUGAUGGGUUGGAAUUGCAUUUGUUUCUGUGAUGUGAUGUGUGUUAUCAAGUGAUGUUCAUUAUCUACAGUUUUUCUAAUUUUUCUUUUUUUAAUUGUUUAAAUUUUAUCUGACAAUAAAUCAAUGCAUCGUUUUAUCCCCAAACCCAAA